CAUGGUCAUAACCUCACAUACAUUGAGGGGUAAAAUCUCAGUUGAUAACAAAAAAUUCACAAAAUUAAGUGUAAUCUAGACCUGUGGUUUUUUUUGUGUAAACAAGGAAUAAAUAUAAAUGUUUUUACAAAAGAAGCACAUUUUUAAUUGAAAACAAUAAAGGAAUAUGAAAUUAGGUGCUGUUUUAUAUGUAUAUAAAGGGGAAUUUGGCCUGCCUUCAAUAGAUUUCGAAUGUUGUCGAGUUUUGUGUUUGAUCAAAUUCACCCGUUGCCCUGUGGAAAUUGAAACCAAUUCAAACCCCUUACGCUCUGGAGCCGGCAAAUUACCGUAUCUACAAAUUGGCGAUGAGAAAUUUGUAGGAUAUCGACAAAUAAAGAAGUUACUAGACAGAGAGGGUUAUCCCAUAGAUCAUGAAUUGCGACUGAAAGAUCGUCACCUAUCAGAAUGUUUUGCUAAUUGGGUAUUUACAAAUCUACAUGUUUAUUACCACUAUUAUCUGUAUGGAGAACCAAACAAUUUCGACGUCACUCGAGCGUUAUACGCAAAACGAACUCCAUUUCCAUUUAAUUUUUACUACCCAUCAACAUACCAAAAGGAUGCCCACGAUAUUAUAUCCGUAAUGGGUGGCUUUGAUUUAGAUGACAAAUUGGAACACCAUAAUGUAGAUUAUAUAACAAACAAUGCAAAAAAAUGUAUAAAUGUUCUCUCAAAACGUUUGGGCAGGAAUAUGUGGUUCUUUGGAGACCAUUACAGCGAAUUUGAUGCCAUCGUAUUUUCAUAUUUAUCAAUACUUUUUAAAAUCAAUCUACCCACUAAUCCCAUUCAAAAUCAUAUAAAAGGCUGUCCAAAUUUGGUAAAUUUCAUAAAUCGGAUAUCGAGGGAUAUCUUUAAACGAGAAGCAUUCAAUUCUAUAAACACCAGCAAAGACAAUGCAUCACCUAACGAUCCCAUGUUGACGGCAACAGAACGCAAGUUCCUAGAGUCUGAGAAGAAAACAAAAAUACUGGCGGGUAUAGGCGCUGUUUUGGCCAUGGGUACAUUUGCAGCACUGAAAAUAUUUUACAAAAAGUUUUCCAGUUCAAAUGAUUACUACGAUGGCCCCAUACAAUAUGAUGACGAUGAUAUAGAUGAAGAAGAUAUGGACUAAACAAGCAAAUCCGUCUUAAAAAAAUAAACUGCCUUCAUUUUUUAUAUGUGGCGUGUUUUAUCAUUAGAAAUCCUGUUACUAUUAUAAUUUAAAAAUGUUUUUUUUUUUUUUUUUUGUAUGAGGGAAAAUUGCAUUUAUUGAAAAUGAAGUGGGGGACAAGUAAAACUAGUCCACACUCAGGAAUGAGGAGUUGUUGAGUCGCGCAAUGUUGUUUUUGAAGUGAUAGGUAUAGUUAGUUGUGCUUUUGUUAUAUUAUACAUACAACUUAUAUCACAAU